AUGACAGAGCCCCUGUCUUCCCCUUACACUCCAUUAUCUGCAUCCUUGAACUCUGUUGUCCCACACCAGGAGGACUGCAACAUCUUAUUUGAGAAUGAAAUUAUAAAGAUCAAGAAAGAUAUAGCGGAUGGAGACUUGCUGAAGGUAGUCUCUGACAUGAAUAGGCCUCUGAAGGUAGUGUCCCAGGCGCCAGUUAACAUUGCUGUGACAGGAGUAUCUGGCAAUGGCAUGUCUACCUUCAUCAAUGCACUCCGCAACAUAGGUCAUGAGGAGGAAGCCUCUGCGCCCACAGGGAUAGUACAAACAACCCAAACCCGUGCCGCCUAUGUGUCUUCCCUCUUCCCAAAUGUGCUGCUGUGGGACCUUCCUGGCAUGGGGUCAAUCACUGAAACCCUGCAGGACUAUCCGGUGGAAAUGCAGUUCCACCAGUAUGACCUCUUCAUCAUCAUUGCAUCCCAACAGUUCAGUGUUAAUCAUGUGAAGCUUGUGAAAACCAUCAAGGACUUGGGAAAGAAGUCCUACAUUGUCUGGACAAAGCUGGACCAGGACCUCAGCUCAAGCAUCCUCCCAGACCUUGAGCUACAGCAAAACAUUAGAAAUCACAUCUUGGGAAGUCUCCAGAAAGCACGAGUGUGUGAACCCCCCAUAUUCCUUGUUUCCAGCCUUAAUCCCUGUUCAUAUGAAUUCCCACAACUUAGAGACACAUUAGAAGAGGACAUCUGCCAAAUUAGACGUGAUGGCCCUCUUCAAAACAUGAUACACUACUGUGAGCAGAUCAUUGACAAUCAGGUGACCUCCGUGCAGAAGACAGUAACGGUUCCACCUUUGCAAAGUGUCUUUGGCAUUUGGCACGUGGAUGAUCUCGCUGAGUGUCUGAAAUCCUACCGAUCAAACUUUGGUGUAGAUGAUGAAGCACUCCAGCAGGUGGCACAGAGGAAGGGAAACAGACUCACAGACUACACGGAUGUCAUGAAGUCACAUGAUGCACAGCGUCUCAGAAGCAGUGAUCUGAAACUCAAAUGCAUGACCUGUGUGUUUGCAAGGAUAACCCUCUUCCUUCUUAACAUCUUCCCACCUUGUAGAUUUCUUGUCACCUACUUCAGAAAAGUGAAACAGAGAUACUUUCUCAAAAUAGUUGCUGAAGACCUGAAGACAGUCCUAACUAAAAUCCUGAGAGACUCUGUCAUGCCCAAUAACAGUCAACGUGGGAUAAGAUCUUCAGCAGGCUCUUUCUGGUUUGGCACUGAGGACUAUGGAGUGUGA